AUGGCAACGGGGAGUUGCGGGAAGCCGGAGAAGCUCCUCGUCACCAGCGGUUCUCCAUUUGAUCGAAGGGGACCAAGCAGGCAAGGACUGGCGAGCCGCAGGCUAGCUGCAGCUUCCAUUUGCUUGCAAGGUUCCGGACCUCAUUUUUGUCCCGGGGGGAAUCCGCAAGCUACUAGACGCUUUGGGGAGACACUAUUCCAAGUGGAGCCAUAUAGCAUGUUCCUGGCCAUUUUGCGUCUACAGGAGUUUGGCGGUCCAAUUUCUGCUACUUUGCAAGGUUUUGUUUUAGGAGGUGGCUUGGCUAUGGCCAUGCUGGCAGAUUUGCGGGUGCUUGACAGUGGUGCGAGCGUGUCUCUAGGGAACCUCUCCCGUGGCAUGGUACCCUGCAUUCUACUGUCUUUAAUUCUUCCUCGUGGAAUUGGUCUGGCCGAGGCAGUGGAUCUUUACCUUACCGACAACAUUGUUUCUGCUGCUGUUUGGCUGGAGAACAGUCCAUGUGACAUUCUGGUGGAUGGUGUGGCCAAGGCGGAGGCCUUUGUGCAGGAACUGGAGAGGCGCAAAACACAAAGGCCUCCGGUGGUCGACAGCACUUUCUCCAUUCGUUUUGCAUGCGAAGCAGCUGCACUGCAGCUGAGCCUUCGAUGUGAGGUCCGGCAUAUCGCUGCAGUAGCACCGAAGGCUAAGGAGGAUCCUCAAAUUAGUGAAGGCUGGGAAGCAGGCACAGUUUCCAAGACAAGUGACAGUGUGACAGUGCCUGAUGGGCGUUGCCCCUGUCUCAAGUUUCCAAAGAAGCUCAGAUGGAGCGAAUCAUCCUGCUUCCAGAGUCUUUGA